UAAAAGCCAUUUACCAAUGUUUUUACCAACCGUUUAAUAGACGCAUUUUAACAACAUUUUAACUAUACUCCAUAAUAUGAUAUCCUGUAUUUCUAAAUUUUCAAUUUUCAUGAACAAUAAUUUGACUGCAGCUCCCAUGAAAAUAGAUCAAAAAGUUAUAGAACAUGGAAAAGAGCAAUUAAAAUUAAGUGAAGAUUAUGAUUCUGCGCGAGCCGACGACAUAGAACAGUCUAGUUUUAGAAAACUAAGGAAGCAUUCAAAUACGGUGACAUUUGCUGAAUCUCUGAAAAAGUUUCGAUAUUCUACUAGAAGCAGCAAAGUUGAAGGACUAAAACAAGAAGAAAAUGAGGGUGACGAUUACAAUGACGAUCUCUUGAAUGGUGAAAAGAAUGGUUUGCGAGUAUCUAUUUCUCAAACUAAAAGAAAGCGCGCACGAAAUGCUACAGAGGUAGACAAGGAUUAUAAUAAAAAGGGAAUCAACAGAAGAAAUACAAGAAAGGAUCAAAAGGACGCGUUGUCCCAGGAAUUGCCAGGUGUUCCCGAUCAUAUACGUGAAAAUCCUUACGCUAUCCUAGUUGGCCUGAAUCCUGGGUUAACUUCUUCGUUACGGGGACAUGCAUAUGCCUCACCGAGCAAUUCCUUUUGGAGGAUGAUGAACAAGAGCGGUAUAUUGGAGAAAGGGGUUGAAUUCACAUAUGAGAACGAUCAAGACCUUCCAGCCCAUGGUUUAGGAAUAACAAACAUUUGUGCUCGGCCAUCGGCUAGCGGUGCAGACUUAAGCAAGGAAGAAUUCCGUGAGGGUGCUUUCAUAUUGGAGGAGAAAGUUCGUAGAUAUCGUCCAAGAGUUGGCCUCUUUAUAUCCGGGAAAGGAAUUUGGGAGGAAAUGUACAAGGCUACCACUGGGAACAAGCGGCUCCCAAAAGAGUUUCAGUUUGGCUGGCAAGAUGAUACUUUUGGGGGCUCUCGAGUGUUCGUCGCUAUAAGCUCAAGUGGGCGAGCUGCUGGAUACACUAGUGCUCGGAAGCAAGAACUUUGGAAUGAAUUUGCUAAAGAGGUGAACAUGGCGCGUGAGUUUGAUAGAAAGAUACGGGAGAGUCCCAAAUCAUGAAAAGUCUCUCUUAGUUGGACGUUGGACACUUUUGUCAUAGUAAAUGAAUGCCAUGGUGAAGCUACGACUUUGGAAUUACAUACUCUUACCAAGGGACUGAUUAUUUUUUGAACCAAUUGCUAUAUUCUCAACUUUCUCUACUUUUUCUACCAGAUGUCUUUAAAAGCCAUUAGAGAAGUGGCACAUUUCAUAAUGAAUCUUACGCUCUCUAUUUAUUACUUGAUUUUUUUAAUUAUAUUUUUGU